GGAUUCCCCACUCUUUGUAUCUCUACACUCUUUUUUCUUCUUCUCUCCUCCUCUCUUCAUCCCCGGCACCGGCCGUGUUUAUGUCCUCCGAACGAUAGCUUUAUCGCCGCCGACUCUCGUUUAACAUUGCUCUAGAGUUCCUCCCCAAUCCCCCCACGCACCCCCGGCUGCCCACACGCGGAGAAACAGAACUGCUAAGAUACGCUAUCAGCCAUGCCUUCCCGUUCGCCUCCUCUGGCUGCCUUCGAGUUUCCCUCUGGCAGCGGAAAUAUCGUUCUCCCAACCUCUUCGGCGGCGCGCGCUCCUUCUCCCCCCAAGCCGGAGGAAUAUUGGCAACCUCGAGCUGCCUCUCAUCACACUCACUCGCAUGCUCGAACUGCAUCGCAGGUGUUGGGGAAGAUGAGGUAUGGUAGGGGUAGAAGUGGGAGCGUAGCUCAGGCAGCGGGCGAGAUAGCAGAUUCCCUGAAGGCUCCGCUAAGCCCAAAACUUAUCGUGAGUUGGGGAAUUGCCCUCCGGAACGAAUAAUAUGCACGAUAUCUGACCUUCUCCCCUACAGGUAUUAUGUUUGAUUUGGUAUUUCCCGCCCUGGGUCGUUACAUUCGUUCAUCGCAUCAAUUUAAUCCUCGGAACUGCAGGUAUCUGUCAUCUGCGUUGUCAAACACGUCCUCGAAAACAAUACUCAAUUCGUUCCCUCAGCCCGUUACCCUCACCAUCAUUCAGUUCGCGUUCGUCUCGUCGUGGUGUAUCCUACUCUCAAUUUUCGCAAAGUUCACCAUCUUGCGGUCGGUACCCGGUCUUGCCGGUGGGCUGAGAUUUCCUACAAGGGCUGUAAUUGCAACUACUGCGCCUUUGGCCAUAUUUCAAGUUGGAGGUCAUAUUGCCAGUAGCAUUGCGACUCAAAAGAUUCCGGUAAGCUUAGUGCAUACAAUCAAGGUCAGUUCUCCCUUCGUUUGGGUCUCGGGUAUCGUGAGGCUGAGUGACUGCCUCAACAGGGAAUGUCGCCUUUAUUCACCGUGUUUGCCUACCGCCUUCUCUUCAAGAUCAGCUACUCAAGGGCGACCUACAUAUCCCUUCUCCCUCUCACGGUUGGCGUGAUGUUAGCUUGCUCUGUUGAGUUUCAUGGGAAUCUUUGGGGGAUCACCUGUGCAUUUGUUGGGGCAGUUAUCUUUGUGUCGCAAAACAUUUUUUCGAAAAAAUUGUUCAACGAGUCGUCGUCGACUGGCGCAGAUCCCUCAGUCCCGCUUCACAAGAGGAAGUUGGACAAACUCAACUUGCUAUGUUAUUCCUCCGGAAUGGCCUUUCUACUUACAUUACCUCUUUGGAUUUACUCUGAGGGGUUUCAGCUUCUUCAGAUAUAUGCACGUGAGGGGAGGAUUCCACUAUUAGAUCGAAUUGGUAAACACGGAGAGGAGCCACUGGCAGGAUAUGAACUUGUGAUGCAGUUUAUAUUCAAUGGGACAGUCCACUUUGGUCAAAACAUAAUUGCCUUUGUAUUGUUGAGUCUCGUCAGCCCGGUCACCUAUAGCGUUGCAAGUCUGAUCAAACGGAUAUUCGUGAUUGUUAUGGCCAUCGUGUGGUUUGGUAAUAAGACCACAACUGUGCAGGCUGUUGGUAUUUCAUUGACGCAAGUAAUCCAAUUCUUUUGACAAGAAGCUGGAGGGUUAGCCGGGUUUGCUGACGGGCUUGGCAUGCAGGUUCUUUGGCCUGUACCUCUAUGAUAGAGCCGGAGACGUUGCGAGGGGCGAGCGCAGAGUUCUUGUGGAACAAACAAAAGCGCUUGACCCGCUUCUUCCCAUCACUUCAAGGAGUGGGAGAGAAUCACCGCUACCCGGGAGAUCUCUACACCUAAAUGGAGCGAACGGUUACGCAGUAGGCCUCGGAGAGAAGGCAGAGAAUGGACAGAUUGCUGGCAACACUUCCUGGCUCGUUCCGGGAGCAAGGCAAGAAGAUACAUGGCGACCGAGGGAAACGACUGUUGGUGCA